CUGCCCCCGCCGCCGGCCCCGGUGCCGCUCCGGCAGCGCCGCUCCCCCUUCCCUCCUCCUCCUCUCUCCGCUGCGGCUUUCUCUCCUCCUCCGGCCCCCACCAGCCCCCUCCUUCCCUCCUCCUCCCUUCCCCCUUUAUUUUUCCCCGCACGGCUCCAGCUCAGGGAGCAGCGGCUUCAAAGCGAGCGCCAUGUGAUGUGCCUCUGGGUCGCGGCUUUUUUUUUUUUUUUUUUUUUUUUUUUUUUUUUUUUUUUAAAUAAACACCCUCGUAUUUAGCGGGGAGGAGGGCCGCGUGUAGGUCGGUGACCGCAGAGAGCGGUUAACAACAAAUUCCAAAACAAUAACAACAACAACAGGCAGCAGCGCUCCUUCCCCGAGCCCCCCCGGCCGCAGCGCAGCGACAGCGGCGACCCCCAAAGUUGCGCGGAGGCGCGGCGAGAGCGAUGAGGCAAGAGAGAAGUUUUUAAAAACAGAAAAAUGUGAUUGCAGAAACAUCACUGUUGGCAGGAGGACUUGGUGGAUUCAGAUAUAACUGUAGGUGCUUCUCGUGUGAAAGAGCUGAGCCACACCAUCCAGUAAGCUGUCUAAAGCAACUGUUGGCUUGCUUGGAAAUCACUUCCAGAACUGUGUUGUUGAUAUCGACUGAGUUGCCAGCACAUUGCCCUGCAAAGCUUUGGAGGGCCACUUCUUAAUGGAUUGCUGUAGCCUCUUAAUUUCUCCGCUGAUCCUGUUCCCUGCAUCGUGAGAACAAUUUAGCCAGCACAGAACCUAGAAAAAUUACAUGGUGUGAACGGCAUGUCUGUGGAUGAGAAGACUGACUCCCCCAUGUAUGUGUAUGAGUCAACAGUGCACUGUACCAAUAUUCUCCUCUGCUUAAAUGACCAGCGCAAGCAGGAUAUUCUCUGCGACGUGACGCUCAUCGUGGAGGGGAAGGAGUUCCGCGCCCACCGGGCUGUGCUGGCCGCCUGCAGCGAGUACUUCUUGCAGGCCUUGGUGGGGCAGACGGAAAAUGACCUGGUUGUCAGCCUGCCAGAAGAGGUCACUGUCAGAGGAUUUGGUCCAUUGCUACAGUUUGCCUACACUGCUAAGCUGUUACUCAGCAGAGAAAACAUCCAGGAGGUCAUCCAUUGUGCUGAGUUCCUGCGCAUGCACAACCUGGAGGACUCCUGCUUCAGCUUCCUUCAGACACAGCUGCUGAACAACGAGGAUGGCCUGUUCCUGUGCAAAAAAGAUACCACUUGUCAGCGCAUGCAUGAUGAGGAAAAUUCAGAUGGAGAUGAGGAGGAGACGAUGGAAUCGGAGACGUCAAAAAUAUCUUGCCCAAGAGAGAGAAUGCACCAGGAGCCCUUCAAUUUUGAAACCACCGUUGCUGGCGCAGACAAAGGAGAAGGGAUUCUGCCCAACUCUGACAUGCUGAGAGACAGCAAGGACAAUUUGGACAAAGAUGCAGUGACGCGGUACCCCAGAUACAAGAAAUACCAGCUUGCUUGUACCAAGAAUGUCUACAACACAUCACACAUCAGUACCUCAGGUUUUGCAAGCACAUUCAGUGAAGAGAGUUCUGGAAACAGCCUCAAAUCAGGACUUGCUAUGGGGCAGAUAAAAAGUGAGCCUCAGAAUGAAGAGAAUGAUGAAGAAAGCAUCACGCUUUGCCUGUCUGGAGAUGAACCUGACAUCAGGGAUAAAGAAGGGGAUGUUGAAAUGGACAGGAAACAGCCAAGCCCCACUUGCGUCGACAGGCCAAAAAGUGGGUCUUCUCCUUCUUGCUUGCGGUCUUUCUUCAACAGAACAAAAAGUAUAGAUUUGGUUGGCUUCCCCAGCACUUCCCAACAGCACUUUGGCAGGAGUCCAGCGUGCCCUUUUGAAAAAGGGACAACUCAGGGUGACCACAAAACUGAUUACGUCCCUUUCACAGGGAACUACGGACAGUCCCAUGCCAUGCAAAAGGAUGCUUCCAACUUCACGGUGGGAUCGCCGCUCAGGGGGCCCGGCUUUGAAACUCUUUGUAAGCAAGAGGGGGAACUGGACAGGAGGAGUGUUAUAUUCUCUUCAAACGCUUGUGACCAAGUAAACACUUCGGUGCAUUCAUAUUCUGGUGUGAGCAGCUUGGACAAAGACCUCACUGAGACUGUGCCAAAGGGUCUGUGGGCUGGUGGUAGCCAGUCUCUCCCCAGCUCUCAGACCUAUUCCCACAGCGGACUGACAGCUGAUCACUUGUCAGGAAGGAUGCGGCCGAACACCAGCUGUCCAGUGCCAAUUAAAGUUUGCCCUCGCUCGCCUCCUUUAGAGACCAGAACGAGGACCUCCAGCUCGUGCUCUUCCUACUCAUAUGCAGAGGACGGCAGUGGUGGCUCCCCCUGCAGCCUACGUCUGUGUGAGCUCUCCUCUUCCCCUUGCUCCCAAGGCCCCCGAUUCCUGGCGCCCGAGCACCAGGAGCCCGGUGUGGUGGGAGAUGGAUUGUACAACCCAGUUCGAGCCCAGAUUAAAUGUGAGCCAUCCUAUGGAACAAACUCCAGCGAUGAGUCUGGGUCAUUCUCAGAAGCAGACAGUGAAUCAUGUCCUGUGCAAGACAGAGGGCAUGAGGUGAAACUUCCUUUUCCUGUUGAUCAAAUCACAGAUCUUCCAAGGAACGAUUUCCAGAUGAUGAUAAAGAUGCACAAACUAACCUCAGAACAGCUUGAGUUCAUCCAUGAUGUUCGCCGGCGCAGCAAGAACCGAAUUGCAGCUCAGCGCUGCCGCAAGAGAAAACUGGACUGUAUUCAGAACCUGGAAUGUGAAAUCCGCAAGUUGGUGUGUGAGAAAGAGAAGUUGCUCUCAGAAAGGAACCAGCUGAAAGCAAGCAUGGGCGAAUUGCUGGAUAACUUCUCGUGUCUUUCGCAAGAAGUGUGCAGAGACAUGCAGAGCCCGGAACAGAUCCAAGCCCUUCACCGCUACUGCCCCGUUCUCAGACCCAUGGAUCUGCAGACGGCCACCAACAUCAGCCCCUCAACGGGUGUGGAGCAGGGCCUGGCAACGUCGCAGUGUGUUGGGGAAGGCAUGCAGUGCUGCUCAGAGCAGGGCCCCGUGCAGCUGGGAGCGUCCUGGCUGCCCAACAACGUCUCAGAGAAUUGCUCGGCCAGCGGCGGGGGGUUGGAUGGAGCUGAGCCAGGUACUUACCCUGAGAGAGAGCUUCCGCGAGAGCAGAGUAGCCAAACGGUCACGGUAGACUUCUGUCAGGAAAUGACUGAUAAAUGUACAACAGAUGAACAGCCUAGGAAAGAUUACACCUAGUGACUUGUAACCUUACCGUUACACCUGGUCAGGUGUUCUUCAGUCAGCCAGUGGCAGUGCUCAUUUGUUGUCUAGAAGAACGUAUUUGGUGCACACUACAGUGGUCUUAGCAGCAAUACUGUUUUUAAGUAUUCCCUCCUCUCUACAAGCAGGAGUAAUCUUCACAAUGGUGCUAUCCCUUGCUCAGGCAGGGAAUUACACAGUGGCAACACUGUCUGUUUUUGUAUGUUGAUUUCAAUCUUAACAGGGAUGGACAUAACACCUCUGAGGACCCAACCGCAGCUUUUUUCUCAGUGGCCCAUGUCACAAAACCCUAACUCAGGAAUUUCCUCUGAAUGUUCAAUUUUUCAUUGAAGACAGCUUCUUUACACAUCAAAGUUUUAUAGCUAAACUGUAUAUAUUAUAUAUAAUAUAUAUAAAAUAUAUAUAUCCAUAUGCAAAAGUCCCUGCAUGCCUCAAUUUUUCUCAUCCUACAAACUGGAAGCUUUCAUUUAUAUUGUAUAAACAAGUUCCAACAUUCCUUUUUGUCUUCGAUGCUAGAACUAGUUUGGUAACUUGUUACACAAUUUUUUUUCUUGGUUCACAGUUCAGCAAUAUCAUUCAAUUUGUACUUAUUUAUAAAAUUUUAAUGUUGGAAUCUUAUUUGAGAUUUUAUUAUAGACAAUUUUUUUGGCACAGCCAUUUUGUGCCACUUGAGCAAUGUGGAUUUAUUUUAUUUUCUUGCAGAUACUGUACAGUAAUGGUCAACUUUGCCACUUGCACUGAGUUUCUGGUCAAACCUCUUUUCAUAAAUGAAGUUGUGACUUCAGUAUAACUUGAGUAUAUGGUUUUCUUUGCUUUAUGGCUUAAAGAAAAUAGAAAAGUUUUAGCUAAUAGACAAACACUCAGGAGCUCAUUACAUAGUAAAAACGGUCUUGCCAAAUACUGAAUUCACUAUACAGUUUGUAAAGAGAAUCUGCUUGAAUUAUUUUUGUAUUCAGACUUCUUUCUGUUUCACAAACCAAGCUUAAGUGCUGUUAAUGAUGCUUUUGGAUUCUUAUAGGGCAAAAUAUAUAUCUCACUCCUUAGAGAGAAACGUAUUUGACAACUGGAUCUGAUCACCAUUAAGUUCCACGAAAUAAAGUAAAUGGAAAUCACAUCAACACACUUUGGCGGCUUCUUUGCCAGCCCCAUUCUGCAUCCUUUACUCACGGAAGCAGCUGCUGCUCCAAGUAGUAGUCCCUGUAGCAUCACCUCAGCUUUCCUCAGACCUUCCCCAGACCAGCUGCAGAGGUAGCUCUGGUGAAGGCAGGGAUCCUGCCUAGGUAAGAAGAGUUGCAGGACCAGACCCCUUCACCAUAGGCUCUGGUUUCCCUACAGAAGUCAAGUUAGCGCUGUACCCUCUAAGAGCAAGUCACACUCUGUCGGCACCCAGAUUGGUUGCUUGCCCUUCCAGUCCUUGUGUUCCAGGAUCCACUCGUCCUACAGCAUUGCCUUCAGGACAAAUCGCAGCUAGAAGAGCGCUGUCUCAAAGGAGACUACUCAGUGAAUUGACUUAGUUGUAACUGCACUGGAUUUGUAUCUGAAGCGAUGUUGACUCAUGUUAUGACUGUGUGAGACAGCAGCUUUCCAAGCAUAACAUCUGUAUGUACAGUGUAGACAGAAAACGUCCUCCUUACGCUUUUUUAGUAAUUAUUAUUAUUCUAAGUGUACUGAGUUUUUAUUUUGUGGUUCUUUGUCCUGCGUGUGCCAGGUUGCGUGGCUUUAUCCUGGACGACAACUGUCAUGUGCUUUACUGGCUGAUACCAUUUGUUCUUGCUGAAAAAAUUGACCAGCUCUUCACACCUAUUUAAAAAUAAAUACAUAAAAAUUGGGGGGUAGCAGCUUCUCAGUGGCACUGAGCGAUACUGCGGUCUGCGCUAAAGUUUACACUUAGAGGUGUGCACUGGGGCUCAGUUGAGGCACUCAGUAGAUCAGCAGCUUGACCUUGGAGGAGGAAUCAGCUCCCUCUCUCCCUUCUCUCACCUUCAGCCUGUGCUCAUGGAUGUCGCCCACUCGCCACAACGUCUUGCUUUUGCCCUCUGCACCCACACUCUUGUAGCCAAGCUACCGAGGAGGAAAUGCAUAUAGCAUGUGCCAUGUUUGUUGAAAAUACUUCUUUUCCCCGCAUGUACAAAGAAAAACUAGUAUAUAAUGUAGGAGAAUAUUUAUGUUUAAGUAUUAAUCAUUACUGUACAAAAUCCUUACCUUUACAUGUUCAAAAGUAUACAAAUGCCAUAAACUCCUAGUUCACAUGGCUGAGAAAGGGGGAGGUGUCGUUCUUUCUUUUUGCAGGAGCUUAAGCUAAAAAUCUCUGACCCCCUCUCACUUCCCCUCUCACAAGUAACUGUCUGAGAAGCUCCUGGGGGGAUCUGAUUUUCCUUUGAACUCACUGACGUUGCAAAGCAGUUCUGUGCUUCGCAGAGAAGUUUUGUUUCUAUGAGACCAUGGUGAAAGCUAGAAUUUAAAACUAAAUGUGAAUCACAUUAUAGAGUCAUAGCUACUUUGGGGGGUUGGGGGAGGGAGGGACGGGUCAACUGACACAGUAUUUUAAAGAUGUUUUUUCUGUUGCCUUUUUUAUUUUUAAGUGACCUCCUAUAUAUAUGAAUAGAUAGAAUGUUUUAUGAGCAUAAAACCAAGUUUUAACUUGCUUCCUGGCAUGAAGAUUUAUUCUACUAACAACUCAUGUGCAACUGGUACUCUUGACCUCAUUCCAGCGGUUUAAAAACCCACCCUCACAACCAUUGCGCUGCAGCUCUCAGUUUGACCUGGCUUCCUACAGGUGCUGGGUCUCUUAAUUUUCUCUACCUUGGGAACUGAUAUAUAAAACCACUGCUCAGAUAAGUGUCUCUUCCUCAAUAUUCCUCUCCUCUUGCUCUCUUUCCCUCCCCUGUAAGCUUCUCUGGAUGUUUGAUUUCAUUCUUCCUCAUUAGAAGUGGCUGGUUUUGUGUCAUUGCUUCCUAUAUUUACAUGUAUCAUGGUUUUCCAGUGAGUUUUUUUGGUGGUGGUGGUUGGUUUUUUUUGUUGUUGUUUGUUUGUUUGUUUCUAUUUUGUUUUGAGUUUAUUUUGCUAUUCUGAACUACAUGGCUCUCAAAGCUGUUACUGGGCUAACUUUAAAGGAAGGCACUGGGAGAAUUAGUUUCAGACCUGGACAUCAGUUGGCAUAUCCAACUGCUCUUAUCAUGAGGUCAAAACAACUGAUCACAAGGAUACCAUUUGGAAAAAACAAAACAAAAAACUGACUGCAAUAUUUACUGAUUUGAAGAGUUUGGCUAGUGGUCACCAUGGUCUUAAGAAUCUCUUUGCAUCUGUCAGAGGACAGUUGCACAGCACCAGGCAUUGUAUAGGAGAGGUGUGAUGAGGCCCACUCCUCUCCCUACUGGGUGCUCCAUGGGUAUCUGAGUCCUUCACUCUUUGUCCAGUCUGUAUCUAAUCCUCCUCUUCCUUUGCCAUUGCUCUACCUGUACUGCCAAGAAACCUCAUUUCAUUUAGGCUUGUUAUGCUUUGUCAAGUGAGUACCACACUAUAUAAUGUGUUUGUUUCUCUGCGUUCUCUGGGGGUGCCUUGAACACAAUUAAAGCUCAUUGCAAGCUGAUUCUGGAACAAAAAGGUAGUGCAAAAAAAAGAAAAGAUUAAAAAAAAAAACCAACAACAAAAAA